CUAAGGCAAUCAAAUAGUUGUGUCAAAAUGAUAAUCAAAUUUGGGAUUGUUUUGGCUCUCACUUUCUCCAUUUGUGCUCUUUCAUCUGCUCAACGACAGUUACACGUAGUUUAUUUGGGAGAGCACAACGAGCAGAAGUCUCCAGAAGAAAUUGUAGACACUCAUCAUUCUUAUCUCACCUCUGCAUUGGGGUCUCUUGAGGAAGCUCAGUCGAGCAUUUUUCGAAGUUACACGAAGGUCAUCAAUGGAUUCUCAGCUUUUCUCACCACCGAAGAAGCCGACGCCAUAUCAGGAAUGGAUGGGGUGGUCACAGUGUUCCCUGAUACCCCCGUAGAGCUUCACACGACAAGAUCUUGGGACUUCAUUAGCUUGCUCGAAUCUAAUUGGAAUGCCAAACAAGCUGGUGGAUUGGAACAGAUAUUGGACAAAGCCAAAUAUGGGAAAGAUGUUAUUGUCGGUGUGCUCGAUACUGGAAUAUGGCCAGAAUCACGGAGCUUCGACGACGCCGGGAUGGACCCGAUUCCAACUUCAUGGAAAGGGAUCUGUCAAACAGGACAGAACUUCACUGCAUCUCAUUGUAACAGGAAAUUGAUCGGGGCGCGCUACUACCUGACCGGCUACGAAGCGAAAUUCGGGCCGCUGAAUACAACCGUCAACAUCAGGUCGGCGAGGGACACCUCCGGCCACGGCUCGCACACGUCGUCAACCAUCGGUGGUCGGAGAGUUGCCAAUGCUUCUGCCAUCGGAGGCUUCGGAAAAGGAGUCGCUAUAGGCGGCGCACCUCUCGUCCGCCUCGCCGUCUACAAGAUCUGCUGGUUUAAGGGUUGUAUGGAUAGCGACGUACUAUCGGCCUUCGAUGAUGCCAUUGCCGACGGAGUUCACAUUAUUAGCUCUUCCAUCGGAUCAUCAUCUUCCCGGCCUUACAACCAGGAUGGCUUGGCCAUUGGUUCCUUGCUCGCUGCUAGAAAAAAUAUUGUGGUGUCCGUCAGCGCCGGAAACUCCGGUCCUAGGCCAGGAACCGUGUCAAAUGUUGCACCGUGGUUAAUCUCAGUUGGGGCGAGCAGCAUCGAUCGAGUUUUCUCAUCGCCACUCGGGCUCGGAAAUAAUGAACAAGCUCAGGGACAAUCGGUUGCGACAACUCAAGAAGCAAAGUUUCCCCUUGUUUACGCCAGAGACAUUGAAGUUCCUGGCAGCACGACGAGUCAGACGACGGGAAAAUGCGCUAUCGGUACUCUUUCAGCUGAUCUUGCGAAAGGGAAGGCCGUGUUUUGCUUGGGCGGAGGUCCUGUUCAGGCAAGUGAAGUUCACCGAGCCGGUGGCGCCGCGGUGGUGCUUCAGAAUGGAUUUACCGGAAUAGGAGUGCUUGUUGAACCUUACGCGCUUCCAUCGACGACUGUUCUGAGUAACGAAACGCAGAAGAUCAUGAACUACAUCAAUAGUUCUAAAGCGGCGACUGCCAAAUUCACUCCAGCGAGGACUCUAAUCGGCGGGAAGCCAGCUCCAUUCAUGGCUCUGUUUUCCUCCAGAGGACCUAAUGCUAUUGAUGCAAACAUUCUCAAGCCGGAUAUCACUGCGCCGGGGCUCAACAUACUGGCUGCUUGGAGUGCGGCUGCUUCUCCAAGCGUGGAGGCUUUCGACAGACGGGUUGCUGAGUUUAGUAUCAACUCCGGAACUUCCAUGUCUUGCCCGCACAUUUCAGGUGUCGCCGCACUUCUUAAGGCUAUACAUCCUACUUGGAGCAGCGCCGCCAUCCAAUCCGCCAUCAUGACAUCCGCCAAGGUCACGGAUAAUACCGGAAAACUUAUGGAGAACCAACUACAGGAACCGGCGACGCCAUUCGAAUACGGCUCCGGCCACAUUCAACCAUCGAAAGCAGCCGAUCCGGGGCUUGUUUACAACUCUUCCUACACAGAUUACCUUCUGUUCAUCUGCAGCAGCAUUGGAAAAUCGUUGGAUUCAUCCUUCAGCUGCCCCUCUAAUCCUCCUUCAUCCAGCAGUCUGAACUAUCCGUCACUCGCAAUCGCAAACGUGCAAGGAGUGACGAUAAUCAAGAGAACAGUCACCAAUGUUGGCAAUAAAACAUCAUCAUACUCUGUGACAAUCGACGAGCCUGAAGGCUACUCAGUUGUGAUCUUUCCGAGCAGACUUGUGUUCUUCCCCCCAGGGCAUAGUAGGAGCUUCACGAUCACAGUUACAGCUAAAGGCAGCGUAGUGAGAAACCAGUUUGCAUUUGGAUCUUACACUUGGAAGGAUAACUACGGCCAUGUGGUCAGAAGCCCUAUUGCACUCUCCACAGCCAGUAGAGGCUGAUUUUAAUUCCAUUUCGAAUUUUCAACUAAAAUUUAAUUUGACAUUUACUUAGGGUGUGCUUCUUUAAGGUUUGAAUUGGAUUUGAAGAUUUGUAUCUUGAUUUAAAUAAUAUAUGAUAGUUAGGAUGAAGUUUGAGUAAAAUCAAUGCAUAAUCCCACAAAUUUGGGAGAGUGUGACGUUAUAAUAUUCUUGAUUAGAACACGGAUUGCUCGGUUUCC